AUGUGGAGUUACGUCUGGUUACCGAUCUUACUAUCCUUGUGUACAGAUGCUAUCACAAUGGUCAAAGCCGCCGAAUCGCCUGCCGCGAUUUUCCUCCCAAGUCAAGUCGGAGCUGCUGAUGAUGAUGAAUCACGGGCUUUUGAUUCUCGGAAUUAUGUAUGCUCCGCGCCGAAUCCGGACCUGAACUAUAAGCCGGUCAUCGGGAUUCUGAGCCACCCUGGCGACGGCGCGUCGGGUCGUUUGAGCAAUGAUAGUAAUGCGUCGUAUAUCGCAGCGUCGUAUGUGAAAUUGGCUGAAGCUGGUGGAGCUCGUGUGAUUCCUCUCAUCUUUAACGAACCCGAGGAAUCGCUCUUUCAGAAGCUUGGAUUGGUCAACGGUGUGAUAUUCACUGGUGGUUGGGCUAAAGAAGGAUUGUAUUAUGAAAUCGUCAAAAAAAUCUUCAAUAAAGCUUUGGAAAGAAAUGAUGCUGGAGAGCACUUCCCUGUAUAUGCUAUUUGCCUUGGAUUUGAGCUCGUGACAAUGAUCAUAAGUCAGAACAGAGACAUUCUUGAAAAAGUUGAUGCAAAAAAUUCUGCAUCUAGUCUCCAAUUCGUCGAAAAUGUAAAUAUCGAAGGAACCGUAUUUCAAAGAUUUCCUCCGGAGUUGUUGAAAAAACUCAAUACAGACUGUUUGGUUAUGCAGAACCAUCAGUGGGGUAUCUCACCAGGCAGAUAUGAAGGCAAUAUUGCUCUGUCUAGUUUCUUUAAUAUUGUCACAACAUGCAUUGAUGACCACGGAAAGGCGUAUGUUUCAACAGUUCAAUCAAAAAAAUAUCCAGUGACCGGCGUCCAGUGGCAUCCUGAGAAAAACGCAUUCGAGUGGGGAUUAUCCAGAAUUCCACACUCUGAGGACGCGAUCCAGGUGACUCAGCUCGCUGCAAAUCAUCUAGUCAGCGAAGCUAGGAAGUCACUGAAUAGACCAACUUCUGGGAAAGUGCUGAGCAAUCUCAUUUAUAACUACAAGCCUACGUACUGUGGAUACGAAGGGAGAGGUUACGACGAGGUUUACAUUUUCACACAACAACGUUCCCUUCUCUAA